AUGGACCACGCUACGACUGCGCCGGCGCCGCCGCUCACUGGCCACACGAAACAGUAUGUCUUCGUGGACGAGUACAACCGCCACAAACGCCUCAAAGUUAUGCGCGCUUGUGACGGCUGCCGUAAGCGGAAAAUCAGAUGUGACGGCGCACUUCAGAAUGGUCCAUGGCCUUGCGGCGCGUGUGUACGUCUGAAGCUGAAGUGCGUGCCACCGACACUCGAUCAAGAUGAUGACCAAGAGACCCCCGGCGGCCUUCCUGCCCAGACUACAUUCUCUUUUCAGAAUACGACAUUUCCAAACACCAGUCCGGUCAACACCAAAAGCAAUGGUUUUGCGCAACAGCCUCCCAUGGUCCAUGAAUGGCCUGCUUCAGCUUCUGCGCCAGUCAUGACACCCACCACAACUUCAGCGCCAUCUUUACAGCAUGACUUCGAUCCAGCCGGCUACAGCUACAACCAACAGACAUAUCAGCAACAGCCGGCACAACGAUUAGAUCCAGCUUACGCCGACGACCCGUACUUCAACCCAACUCCUGUGCAAUACCAGUCUGGUUACCCGCCAAGCCUGGCACGCACACAGACGGUGGAGUCGCGCAGCUCCAGCGGUGAUCCAGAGGAGAUAGAUGUUGGGGUUCAGCAACUUUCCGCGCAGAUGGGUGACCUGCAGAUCGACAUCACAUCGGCCGCUCCCUACAUCACAAAUCAGGGACUUGCGCCAGAUGCACCUGCUGUCGAGGAGGAAGCGGAAGUCGUCUUGCCACAGUCGGUGUAUACCGAUUCUCCCGUCCGUAUACCGCCUGAGAUGAUGCCCGACGAGGGGAAAGCCAUGGAAUACUUUGGCUAUUUCUUCGAGCAUGUGCAUCCAUACGUGCCAGUACUGCAUCGAGCCACAUUCUACCAACAGUGGCGGACCUCGCGAGCGAGCAUCUCACCACUUCUUCUGGAAGGCAUCUUCGCUUGUGUGACACGAUACGUGGCACCAAUCUCUAUGUCUCGCAGAUGGCUUGCUCUAGCAUCCAAGCACGAAGAGAGCUUCAAGGAUGUACCACGGCUGAGCACCGUCCAGGCUAUGCUCAUCCUCAUGAAAGCACGGGAAAGCAUCUCGAAGAGAGGCUACUACUAUCGCUCCUGGAUGGCCAUGAAGUACAUGACCACCAUGGGCUUCGAUCUUUCGCUCCACGAACACAACGACAAGCGCAUGGAGAGCUCGUGUGGUCUCGACCGGCAAGACUGCAUAGUCAGGACGCGCGUAUGGCAGACCCUGUUCAUUCUUGAGAUUCUGGUUGGAGCUCCGCAAGGCAGAACCGACUUUGCGGUAGACGCUGAAACCGUGCAGCUCAACCCACCCCUGCCAGCUAACGACAUUGAUGCCUACGAGCACAAAACAUCUCGAAGGUCGACAUUUAUGGCUCAGAAUGUCGCGAACAUCAAGCAGUCGAACCUGUUGUGGCAGCACAUGCGCCGCUACAAGAAGGACUGGGCAUUAGACCCUGUGUUCACACGGCACAACGAAGACCUACCGAACUGGCUACGGGACCUUCCGGCUGAUUUUCAACUGCACUAUCCAGAGGAUGGCAGCCCACCUGUGCUUAACGGCGAUCACUUCACUGCCAACCUUCACUGCUACCAUCAUCUGGUAGUGAUUAUGCACCAUCGGCCACAGCUACAGAUGUUGCUUGAAAAGCGGGAUCCCAGUUUCAGAGCGCAACUUGACAUUUGCUUGUCGUCUGCGUCUCACAUGUGUCGGAUACAGGAAGCUUUACACCGGGAUUUUGGGUUCCAUGGACUGCACUUCAUGAGUCGGGGAGUGAAUUUCACAAUCUACUGCGUCCUGACCUGCACGAUGCUACAUCUUGCUGCGAUCACUUCCCCAGAUCCGGUAAUGAACUCACAAGCUAGGCUUUAUUUCACACGUCACAUGCGUGUUCUCGAACACUGUCUUCCUUCUUCGACACAGGAAAUGCAGGUGCAAAUCAAUGCCCUCCGUGAAGCUUUCAGCUCGGACACAACACAGCCUUUCGAGCUGAAACCCACGCUUGGGCUGCGCAGUCCUACUAUGGGUGACCAUCCGACUCCACCAAGCACGAAUUCUGGCCCGACGAGUGCACCCAUCAUGUCUAACCAGGCUUGGUCAAGCCUUGAUGCUGCAUCAUCAAAGACUAUGACACCUGCUACCGAAUACGGGCAGCCAUUCGACAAUGUCUCACCGUAUGGCAUGACUCCUCGACCAGCAAUGCCACGCCACUCGAGCAGCUACGACCUAUCCAGUCACGGCACGUACGCCCCUCCUCAUAUGCAGCCUGUCGCUUCUGCGCAACAGAUGGGCUAUGCGUUGGAGCCGGUGAUAAGCAACGAACAGCACACACCUGUCUGGGAUCCUUCUAGCAUCUUCAACAAUUGGAACACGGCCUUCGGUGGUGCGCAGGCGCCGUCGCAACCAUCACCACCUGAUCCGCGCACGAUGCAACCCACCUCCGCGCCAAUGAUGCCCAAUCAGACCUCUCCCAUCAACAGCCAUGCAAUGUAUGGUUCACAACAGCUCCCGGUCAAUGCAAACUCGGUGGUUCCGGAUGCACCACCUCCAAUGCCCACGGUAACGCCGGUCAUGUGGCAAGACGCCUUCACAAGCGCCUACGUGUCUGGCCAUGGCCAAAAACGAUAUUUUGAGGCAUCCGUCGACCAUUCGGCAUACAGCCAGUACCCCAACAACAAACGUCGAGGAUGA